GGUUAACAGAAAAUUCUUAAGGUGUUGGCAACAAUACCAGCCCUGCUGUUUUGACCUGUGUCUGCAUGUCUGUUUACGUAAAAAUCUUGAAAUCAUGUAUAAAAAUAAUGUAAUAUCAUUGAUCGCAAGGUCCUACUCAAAAAAGCAUUUAAAACGGCCUAAAAUUAUUAACAAAGCUGUAGAAGAUGUCGGUAAAUCUCUGUCAAAUAAAGGUUUUUUGAGAUCACAUAAACCGUAUGAUGCACCAGCAGAUGCUGUGGAAAAAGUUCAUUCGAUAUGUUCAACUCUUCAAAUACCUAACAAGAAUGAGUAUAAAUUAAAUAACCUAGAGGAGAAAUUCAAGUUUUUAGAGGCGUGCUUUGCAAGUUUUAAUCACGGAGUACCCAAUUCACAAGUACAUGAAGUACAAACUAUUGGUGAUGUGGUAGAUUUCUAUCAGAGGUCAGUGAACACAACUGUGCCGUAUGAAGCAUUCAAGAAUAUGGAACUUCCAGAGAAUCUACAUAUACAAUAUGAGUAUCUCCGCUUUCAUCCGGAUACUGAUACCAAAUUUGGAGGCAAAUCUGCUUUUCCAAAAAGUUCAACUUUAGUUACGGGAAUUAAAUAUCGUGAAAAAUAUGCUGGACAUAUAGCAAAGAGAUCAUGGCCCUAGAAUAUUGAAAUAAAAAUUAACGUAUUUGCGCUAAUACUGUAA